GGUCCGAAGACGAAAUUCGUGAAAUCCAACCCAACCCAACCCAGCCAAUUUUGAUCGGUUCGGAUUUUAUUUUGACCAAAAUCCAUCCAACCCAACCCAUGUGCACCCCUAAUUAAAACUCAUUUCUUCAAAACUGUGUCUCCUAAACGCAAAAACCCUCAUUGUUUCCACUUGAAACACACCAAACCACCAUGGUCGUAGCUAUGGCAAGAGCGCUCUCUCGCUCCUCCCUCCGCCUCGCACUCAACCUUCCUUCCCGCCGCCUCCUCUCAUCAUCCUCCUCGGCCAUGAUCCUCGCCCGCCGCCUCCCUUCGGCACCUCCGUUCCCCGCCUCCCGCUUCACUGAUGUCCGGUUCAACUCGGAGCUGACUACGGGAAGCCCGUCGAGCAUCAGCGAGAAGCCAGCGGCGGAGAUGCCGCCGCUGUUUCCAGGUUGCGACUACAACCAUUGGCUCAUCAUCAUGGACAAGCCCGGUGGAGAGGGUGCUACCAAAAAACAAAUGAUCGAUUGCUACAUUAAAACCCUCGCUAAAGUUGUUGGCAGUGAAGAGGAAGCUAAGAAGAGGAUUUACAGUAUUUCCUGUGAGAAGUACCUUGGAUUUGGAUGCGAGAUUGAUGAGGAGACAUCUGAUAAGCUGGAUGGGAAGGCUGGAAUUAUGUUUGUUCUCCCAGAUUCAUAUGUUGAUCCUGAAUACAAAGACUAUGGUGGUGAACUGUUUGUGAAUGGAGCGAUCGUACAGAGGCCACCUGAAAGACAGAAAAGGUUGGACAGAAACAAACAACCAGAAAGACGUCACGAAAGAUACAAUGAUAAAACAAGGAAGUGAAGGAGCAAUUGGAAGGGAAUGGAGCCUGAGCUUUUGUUUGCAUGCCUAAAAUAAAUUAGUUUGAAGUUCUUGUGGUCAAUGAAUAUGCUUGGAUAUAUGUUAGUUUCAGUGUAGACGGACGCAAAGUCCUUUUAGAUUUCUGAAACUCCUAUGAAUUGACAUGAAAGUUCAUGCAUUUUGCACUUGGUAUCGAAACAUUUACUAGGUUUGUAGUUAAAUUGAACCAAUAUCAUAUAUUAUAUAUUUUUAUUCCUUGUCA